AUGGACACAUACGUGCUUUACCACGGAAACAAAAGAGUGACGCUUAAAGAAGAUGAUAUGCGUGCUGAGAAGAUUUCACGAAUAUUUCAGGUCACCUGUGACAGCCUUUAUUUGACAGAUGAUUCUAAUGUUGCGAUUUUCCCAAAUGCUGAAGGGUCUUUCAGCACGAUUGACUUGACCCUCAGGGCACAUUAUGAAGUCCAUGGUGACAGUGUCGAGACCCCACAAAACUCUCCUUCCACGUCAGCAUUUACUUCAAGUCCAGGUCAGCGGCAUUUCUCUUUCGCCAGGCCAGGGACAUCUGGAUCGAUUUUCCCAACAACACCACGUGCAAACCGAACUUGGACAAGAGCAAUAAAUGUUGCAGAAGUGGUCGAUGGAAAACCAGUUCCAAAAAGCGUUGUUGUUGUAAAGUUCUCUGAAGCUGAGGCCAAUGUUCCGGGCAUUGUUGCGAAGCUUCAGGCUGACCUUAGGGCUUCAGAAUCCCCUGUACUACUGGAUUCCAACUGGAAUGAAAUAAUGGAUUCAGAAGGAACACGAGGUUCCCAGUAUUGGAGACAAAACUCCAGAAAAAUUAACGCGAUGCUCAUAAGCCAUUUUUCCAGGCUUCAACACAGAAGAAAAAGGAUGAGGGAAGAAGAUUCUGGAUUGCAGGAUAUUCUGGAAAAAAUCGAGGAGGUGUUAGAGGCAUCUCAAGGUCUAGAGAGUGUCUCUUUCAGACUCAGAGAGCUCACCACCCUGACCACAAGAGAAAGAAGUCAAAUCAACAUGCAGCAGGCAUCACAGCUCAAGGAGGCUUUUACCUGCCUUGUUUGUAGAGGUUUGAAAGACCAAGAGUCUGAUGUAUUAACAUCACAGUUUAGAGUUUAUGAAAAAUAAACCUGCAAUUUAUAUGAGUGUAGAAUGAACCGAUAGAUUGCAUACACAUUCUUUUUACAGAUGUGUGUGCAAAUUAGUAGUGACUUUAAGCAGUAGCAUAUGAUG